GGUGGACUCUCAUCAGCUCAGAUCUGUUACAAAAGUCCAGGCUGCUGAAAUUAAACUCUGAUGCCAUUCAUGCCAACAUCCAAUCACGAGAGAGAUCAGAAGUUCAACGAUGCCUCCAAAUUGCCAACAAGAAGGGUGGCUACUAUACAUCAAGGACUCUAAAACUGUGCUACAGGGGUAAGAACAACCUUAGAGAGGAUGCCCAGCUGGUAAGAAUCGACUGUUUAUGAGGUUUGAGUCACUUGAUUAAUCUCAUUGGCUAAAAUCAAGAAACGCUCCGCCUCCUUGCAAAUAUGUGUGAAGGGAGGAAGUGUCUCAACUUCUAUGUUUGAUAGCUUUUGACCCUAUUGCUUUUAGCCUCUUGGCUUUACAUCUAUAUCUACACAGGUCUAUGUGUCUAUUUUCUAUAAUUUUCCAUCUGUUGUUAUCAAAGAGAGUUGAAGGAAAUGAAUUUUGAAACUUCACGGUGUGCCACCCUACAGUACUGCCCUGACCCUUACAUCCAGCGUUUCGUAGAAACCCCAGCUCAUUUCUCUUGGAAAGAAAGUUAUUACCGAUCUGCCAUGUCCCAGAGCUCACAGCCAAGUGAAUUCCUCAGUCCUGAGGUUUUCCAGCAUAUCUGGGAUUUUCUGGAACAGCCUAUAUGUUCAGUUCAGCCCAUUGACUUGAACUUUGUGGAUGAACCAUCAGAAAAUGGCGCAACAAACAAGAUUGAGAUUAGCAUGGACUGUAUCCGCAUGCAGGACUCAGACCUCGGUGACCCCAUGUGGCCACAGUACACGAACCUGGGGCUCCUGAACAGCAUGGACCAGCAGAUCCAGAACGGCUCCUCGUCCACCAGCCCCUACAACACAGACCACGCACAGAACAGUGUCACUGCGCCCUCACCCUAUGCGCAGCCGAGCUCCACCUUCGAUGCCCUCUCACCGUCACCUGCCAUCCCCUCCAACACCGACUACCCCGGCCCGCACAGCUUCGACGUGUCCUUCCAGCAGUCCAGCACUGCCAAGUCGGCCACCUGGACGUAUUCCACUGAACUGAAGAAACUGUACUGCCAGAUUGCAAAGACUUGCCCCAUUCAGAUCAAGGUGAUGACCCCACCUCCACAGGGCGCUGUCAUCCGUGCCAUGCCUGUCUACAAGAAAGCUGAACAUGUCACCGAGGUGGUGAAACGGUGCCCCAACCAUGAGCUGAGCCGUGAAUUCAACGAAGGACAGAUUGCCCCUCCUAGUCAUUUGAUUCGUGUGGAAGGGAACAGUCACGCCCAGUACGUAGAAGAUCCCAUCACAGGAAGACAGAGUGUGCUGGUACCUUAUGAGCCACCCCAGGUCGGCACCGAAUUCACGACAGUCUUGUACAAUUUCAUGUGUAACAGCAGUUGUGUUGGAGGGAUGAACCGCCGACCAAUUUUAAUCAUUGUUACUCUGGAAACCAGAGAUGGGCAAGUCCUGGGCCGGCGUUGCUUUGAGGCCCGGAUCUGUGCUUGCCCAGGAAGAGACAGGAAAGCGGAUGAAGACAGCAUCAGAAAGCAGCAAGUGUCGGACAGCACAAAGAACGGUGAUGGUACGAAGCGCCCCUUUCGUCAGAACACCCAUGGCAUCCAGAUGACAUCCAUCAAGAAGCGAAGAUCCCCAGAUGAUGAGCUGUUAUACUUACCAGUGAGGGGCCGGGAGACUUACGAAAUGCUGCUGAAGAUCAAAGAGUCCCUGGAGCUCAUGCAAUACCUUCCUCAGCACACGAUUGAAACCUACAGGCAGCAGCAGCAGCAGCAGCACCAGCACUUACUUCAGAAACAGACCUCGAUGCAGUCUCAGUCUUCAUACGGUAACAGCUCCCCACCUCUGAACAAAAUGAACAGCAUGAACAAGCUGCCUUCUGUGAGCCAGCUUAUCAACCCUCAGCAGCGCAACGCCCUCACUCCCACCACCAUUCCUGAUGGCAUGGGAGCCAACAUUCCUAUGAUGGGCACCCACAUGCCAAUGGCUGGAGACAUGAAUGGACUCAGCCCUACCCAAGCCCUCCCUCCCCCACUCUCCAUGCCAUCCACCUCCCACUGCACCCCCCCACCUCCGUAUCCCACAGAUUGCAGCAUUGUCAGUUUCUUAGCAAGGUUGGGCUGUUCAUCAUGUCUGGACUAUUUCACGACCCAGGGGCUGACCACCAUCUAUCAGAUUGAGCAUUACUCCAUGGAUGAUUUGGCAAGUCUGAAGAUCCCUGAGCAAUUCCGACAUGCCAUCUGGAAGGGCAUCCUGGACCACCGGCAGCUGCACGACUUUUCCUCACCUCCCCAUCUCCUGCGGACCCCCAGUGGUGCCUCUACGGUCAGUGUGGGCUCCAGUGAGACCCGAGGCGAGCGCGUUAUUGAUGCUGUGCGCUUCACUCUCCGCCAGACCAUCUCCUUCCCACCCCGUGAUGAGUGGAAUGACUUCAACUUCGACAUGGAUGCCCGACGCAACAAGCAGCAGCGCAUCAAGGAGGAAGGGGAAUGAGCUCCUUUACGUGGGCUCUUCCUGAGCUCUGUCUACCCCCUACAGGGCUCUUCUCCUAGAUCACCAAAGCAAUCUCCCUAGCUCCUCCUCUCCCUCAUCUCAGUCUGGUUUCCUAAGGGAAAGAGAAGAGGCUGCCUCUUAGCCAGCAUCUGACCUGGCGUCUGAUUCCGAUUCUGGCUUUAAGCCUUCAAAACUAUUGCUUGCUGGACUGAGCUGUCUUGGCUAGGUAGACAUGAGCAAAAAAGCAGUGGGUGUCUCCUUAAGCUGCAGAGAUCUCUCAUUGACUUUUAUAAAGCAUUUUCACCCUUAUAGUCUAAGACUAUAUAUAUAUAUAUAUAUAAAUAUGCAGUAUAUAUUUUUGGGUAGGGGCAUUGAGUGUUGUUUAAAAUGUAAUUUAAAGGAAAGGAAAUUGAGUUGCACUUACUUUUUUUUAUUUACUUAUUUUUGGAUGACUUAUCUAUACUUCCCUUCUCUCAAGGGGUAUCCUAUAUGGUAACAGGUAUCUACAGCUUGGCACACAGGAGUAAUAAUGCAUAUAGAUCCCUUAAGUUCCUUGAAUGCUAAACACAUACCAUAUCAAACCCUUGACUAGAUCCAGUUGUAUUUAUCAUUGUUUGUUAAGUGGUUGAGACUGUAUAUAUGUACACGAUUUUCUACAUUUGUGUAUUUUACGUUACCAAUAUCCUUUCCAAUAAUGUUUGUUCACUUUGAUGCUGUUUAGUGCAUUUACAAAAAAAUGUCCAUGUUCACACAGUCACACACUAAAGAAUCACAUUCUCUCUUGCUUUUGGGUAGGAUUGAGGAAUGUGGACCAUGGCUAAAGUUCUUAAAAGGUCCAUGGCAACAAGUUCAAAACAUCUGCUAUCAUGUAUCUGGAUUUACCAGUAAUGCCCUCAAAUUUAGCAUGAGAUAUCUUAGUAUUUAUUGGGAAUGCUUUUCUACUGUAACAGAAACCUUAAGACCCAAUUUUGCUACUAGUUUCACUAAUUCAUACACAAUGACUAUUUUUUGGUAGAGUUCAGGUUGACUCAAUUGGCAUAGACACCAUCUUUGUAGUUCUUACAAGUUUUAAUGUCUACUGAGAAUAUCCAGGAAAAAUAGGAUUCAUCCAGAAAAAAAUGAAUCUCUACUAAAGAGUAAGAUGUCUCAAUGAACUUGAUGCUCCUGAAAGUUCUUCCAAAAUAAAGACAAUAUUACUUAGUAUCUGUUUCUUUUAAAGACACUUCUGUCAGUAUAACUGCAUGCCUACACUUGUUUACCUUUCUCUCUUCAAGAUUUAAAGUAGGAAAGUGAUUUGGAAGAUACGAAAUUAAGAGAUCAGUUUUCCUGUAGCAUUGGUUGCAUCACUGUAUCAUUUUUCUUUUUUGAUCAACAACUGUGAGCACCCAGUAUCCUGUCCCUCUCCCUUCAGGACUGUGCACAGAUAUAAAAAUGCUUCCAUAGAUCAAGAAUCAGCCUUCAGUGGAAGCUCUUCCUGCAGCCAUGUAAACAGAAUUGUUCGCAAACUUUGGGAAAACAUGUAUAUGACAAUAUUCCCCCUAGGGCUUUUGAAAACAUGCUUUAUAACAAAUAUUUGUUUUUCAAAAUAUUAAAUAUUUUGUAUAUAUGCUAAUGAGCUCUAAACUCUUCCCAUGCAUUCUGGUAAAGGGCUAUCAUUGCACAUAAGUUUCCAUUUUUAUUUUAAAGUGCAAAAGGGCUAAUUUGGCUCUAAAAUGUAAUGUAUGAGUUUUCUCUGAAAAGUGUAUAUAUAUUUUGUGUAUGAAACAUACUUUGUGUUUUGAUUCAUUUUUUCCUAGGGAUAGUGGGUUUUCCAGAACCACAAUUGAAACUUUUUGUAUUGUUUUUAUAUUUUCAUGGAAAUACCAUUUAGUAAGAAUACGAUGCCAAAUAAGAAAUAAUACCACACUUGUAAGAAGCGGGGGGGAGGGGAGGGAAAGUUGUUUUGUAUUUUUUUUAUUUUGUACGUUAAAAAGAAUGAGUCCUUGAUUUCAACAUUUUAUUGUGCUUAAAUGAGAAUAAGCACAGUUAAUUUCUGGAGCAAGCGUGCAGCUUUGUAAACCCAUUAAGGGAAAAAUGAAAGCUGUGUCUUGGUAAUGUUAGGGGGACAAAUGGUUUCCUUUACUGUCCUGAGUGUUUGAAUAAACCUAGGACUUCUGAACUAUUUCAGCACUAUGUAGGUGGCACAAGGGACUCAGAAAUCCCUGUACUGUAUCUCAAGAGUUUGGCAUUAGCCAAAACUGGGCACAACUAUCUGGGAAGCAGUUCAUACUCCUUGAGUGUUUGAGUAGCCAGGAUAAGAGAUGAAAAUAUAUAAAGGACAGGCAACCGAGGCAGAACUUAAUAGGGUUCUUGUGGCCUCAGCUCAAUGUGAUUAGCUGAAGAAUGGGUUGUUUUUUUCUUUGGAGGUGAUUAUAAACAGAAAUGGAGAGCAGAAUUUUCUUCAAAUAAAUUUACUUUUCAUUUUCUUGGUAUUGCCCUAAAAUACAGUAUGUGGGAUAUUGAAUGUUAAAGAGAUGUGGGUUUUUUUAAUUAUUUUUAUAACUACAAAAAUUAAGCAAAUGUCAGAAGUUUUAUAUGCCUUAUUAAUGUUUUUCAAAGGUUCUUUCUUAUAGAUGUGAUGCUUUUUUUUUUAAGCUUCAGUUGCUUGUCUUUUGGUAUUUUGUGUUAAAGGCUUUUGAUGAGCCAGAGGCAAAUCUUGAAGCCAUUUAUGUUUACCAAGACAUGCAAUAAAAUUUAAAAAAUAAAAAUGCAUUGAGAAAUUG